GUCGGGCUUCGGCCAUUGCCAAAGCCCUCGGUACGUGCGGGAAUUCAACACGCGCGCUCAUCCGCGUCCGUCCGAAUUCUCGCUGCAUGUACGCGGUGCGCCGCGACUGACCGAUGCCCCAAGGCUGGCGCUCGAUACUCCAUUGCGCGUCUCGAGCGCGUGCGUGCGCUUGCGGGUCCGCCGAUAGCUGUCGCGGAAGUGGCCGAGCGCGCGGAUCAUGCGCAGCGUCGAAGCCGAUCGCAGUCGCGCGAGGCGCGACGAGGAGAACGGGGUCAAGGCCGCGGGGUCGCGAACCCGCCCGACGACUAGGCCCAGCGCGCCGAGCGGAGCUCGUCGCCUCGAGAUGACGCACGCAGCCACGACGAUGCCGCGAGGGCCCGCCGCCAAACUGUCCGCGCUUCUGCGCGUCCUCGCUCUCUGCCAGCUCUGCGCUGGGGAUCAGUGGCUGAUGGAGGGCGACUUCAUCUCCAAGCAAGACACCCUCGAGCGCAACCUCCACCUCGAGACGACCAACUCGACGACGAGCGUGUCCACGUCGCUGCUUCUCACGCUCAGCGCACCGGCCGAUCACACGAUCAACUGCGUGCUCGCGGCCUCGCUGAACAUGCACGGCGACGUGAGCGUCGUCGAGGGUGGCGUGGGCGCCGAGAACGUUACCCUCGCCUACAAAACUCGCAACGGCCGGCCCGAUUUUUUGUUCGUCAUGGUCGAGUCGCACGUGGAGAAGGGCCUGCUGCUGGAAAUGCGGGACAGCGUCAUUCGCAGCUCCAGAAUCGCAAUUCUUUACGACCAGAUGAAGGAUUGGAAGUUCGACAAUCUGGAGGCCAAGGACGAGACGACCAAAACGUAGUGACAAACGCCGGUGGCUGCUCUUCGGAUUUUUAGUGACUAGCCCCAGCAGCCAGUUUAAUCACUUAUCUAGAGUUUUACUAUUUACUCCUUAAUCAAUUAUUAUCACUCUUAUUAUUUACUGCAUAUGUUUAUGAGUAACACACCGUACAAAUGUGAGCAUUGCACACGAACGAUCAAAUAUUUCAAGCGAUCGACCGUACGAGUCUCUGCGCAAUACUAUUAGUAGUUUACGGUGGAUUUGUAGCUUUAUAGGAAAAGCAUUUAUCAAAUCGCUAUUAAGUAGUGUGCUACACUUUUUGGUCGCUUAUUGUAAACCAUGUAAACGGUGGAAGUCUAUGUCAAUGUUUCAGUUAUUACCUCGUCCAAGUGGAGCCAUUUGUAUCGUAAAAUUGGAAUAUCGCAUGGUAAUCGAAGCGCAUCGGCCCGUGUAAACAAGGAAGCAUGGCAAAAGUUUACGCUGUUAGCUGUACUUCAAGUAUACGAAACAGUACGUUUCUCUGCCAUAUUUUUAUACGUGAAGCUCAAAAAAAAUUAUUUGCCCGCUGUAC